AGGCCAUCCCGAGCAUAUCAGCAACCUUGGUUCACCAGGGUACAUCUUCCCUAUUGACGUUGACCGCCCCAAGCUCUCCGAGGCGAUCCUCAAGAAACACCAAGAAGAGCUCGCUGCCCUCGAUACGAAUCCAACACCGAACAAGAAGGUCGAGGACUGGUUCGAGAACACAAAAUGAGUACCGUCGACGAUCCUACAGGCGAAUAUGCCUUUCUCUCAAAGCUCAUCCAGCAUCUGGACCGUCAUCUCAUAUUUCCCUUGCUCGAACAUCAACUCGUCUCCGAAGACAUCUCGCAGCAGCGCUAUGAUGAUCUCAAACUCGCCAUCUUCAACCUCCUCAAAAACACGAACAUGAUCGACUACGUAGGAAACCUCUACAAGGAAAUCCACAAGACUGAUACGAUACCCCCACAAUACGCAAAGAAGAGAGAGGAAGUUCUACAAAAGCUGGCCAAAUUCGAAGAAGAAUCCGCACACCUCACGAACCUCCUAAAUGAUGAAGCCGUCACCUCCCAAUUGCGCAGCGACAAAGUCGCCAACCUGAAAUUCCUCGAAGAACAACAUGGCGUGACGCAACAGAUGGUAGACAACCUCUACGAUUUUGGCCGAUUCAGAUAUGAAUGUGGCCUAUACCCGGAAGCCGCUGACCUGCUCUACCGGUUCCGCGUUCUUUCCACGGACAACGACAAAGUCGUCAAAGCCACCUGGGGUAAAUUGGUCUGCGAGAUUCUAGGCGAAGAAUGGGAGAACGCGCUUGAAGAGGUUGAGAAAGUCAAAGAGCAUAUUGAGACACGGCUGUUCAACAAUCCCCGCGCACAACUGACUGCCAGAGAAUCGCUUGUCCACUACGCUCUGUUCCCUUUCUUCAAUUAUGAACCAGCCCGUGAGAAGCUCACUGAAAUGUUCUUCUCUCCACCAUAUCUCAGCUCCAUUCAGACCGUCUGUCCCUGGAUUCUGCGCUAUUUGGCUGCAGCAGUCAUCACCAACCGCGGCCGUACGAACAAUUCGCACAAUUACCAGAAACAGUUGAAAGAUCUGGUCAGAGUUGUCAAGCAGGAAAUAUACGAAUAUCAAGAUCCCGUCACGGAGUUUGUUAAAGCUCUUUACGUGGACUUCGACUUUGAAGGCGCGCAGAAGAAACUCACCGAGGCCGAGGCCAUAUUGAGAGGGGAUUUCUUCUUGGGUUCGUCGACAGAUGCCUUCAUGGAGUCGGCGAGACAUUUGAUCUCAGAAAGCUAUUGCAAAAUCCAUCAGAGAAUCGAUAUCACGGACCUCUCCACUCGUCUGGGCUUGUCUCAAAACGAAGGCGAGAAAUGGAUUGUCAACUUGAUUCGCGACACGAGAGUCGAUGCAAAGAUCGACUACCAAGCCGGAACUGUCGUGAUGAAUCAUCCUCCUCAGAGCGUGUACCAACAGGUCAUUGAGAAGACCAAGGGCGCUUUCUUCCGGACUCAGGUGCUCAGUGCUGCCGUUGCCAAGUGAGGGAAAGGCGAUCAGCAACAAUGGACCGGAACGACACGAGCCUCGUGCGGGCUCGACCUGAACUGAGCUGACGCGAUCAACAUGAAGAGCUUUUGGGCUUGAGGAUAGGAGGCGCCCGUGUUCUCGCUUGCUCCGGCUUGUCUUCUGCAAGCGAAGAGGAUCUCAGGCCGUCAAACCUGGAGGCAUAAGCGUAUCUCUGCCUCUAGGCAGGGACGGAUGGAGAGCUAAGCGUUACUGAAGAAAACUAGAAGAGGAAAGCUAUGGGCUUGUUGUACAGCAUGAUCUGAUACCCAUGACAUUGAUUCAUGACAGGGCAACGAGCUAGACAAAAGCAUGAAACGAAAACAAGGGCACAAAUGAGACGGCCCUAGCAUCACAACCUGCUACAAGCAGGAGCAGCGAAAUGAACAAAUGCAUUACGAUGCUUAAUUCUUGUUGUUACAG